AAACACUUUGACUUCUUAUUGUCUUUUAAAGCAUAAAUACACACACAUAGUGAAAGGCAACACAACAAUAAUCAGCUUUGUGAAUCCUAUUUUGUAAAAGUCUGGAGGCUGUCUUUUUUCAUUUGAGCAUGAGUGAAGUGUGUGUGUGUGUCAGUGUGUGUGUGUGUGUGUGUGUGUGUGUGUGUGUGUGAGUGUGUGUUUUGGCCAGAUAUCUCCAUCUAAGCCCUGCGCUAUAAUUGAAAUGGCGCAUUUGGCUGCAGGCAGGUUGUGAGGGCUGCUUGCCGCUGCGGCGUGCAUGCACGUCGGUGGACGUCAUUUGAUUUGAAUGGCCUGCGGGAAGUGUGCCCUUGCAACAGCACCAUCAUCAUCAUCAUCAUCAUCAUCAUCAUCGUCGUCGUCGUCAGCCACUCCAGACAUUGAAGCAAAGAGCAGGAAGAAGGAAAGAAGUACUAGGAGGACUAUAUUGCUGGGAGUUUUUUUUUUUAAUAUUUAUCAACAAGUUUCUAUUGGACUCAUUUUGGAUUCCUUUUACCUGCAACACACCGGAAGGACUCUUACCAUAAAGAUCAUCUUUGUUGCUGAGAUAAGCCGCUCUGGACUUCAACUUUUGCGUAAAAAGGAACAUUUGGAGGAAAAAACACACAGAUAUAUAUAUAUAUAUAUAUAUAUAUAUAAGAUAUCUGUACAGGCAUCGUUUGGAGAAUAAGAGGAGGAGAAGGAGGGAGGAGAUGCAAAGAGAGGAGGAGAGGGUGGGGGGGAUAUGAAGGCUUUCUUCCUUGAGAAAAUUGCCUUGGCGGGAGAGUGGAGUUGAGUUAAUUGUAGCCUAAUCCCCGGCCCAGAGGCGCUUGGGCAGCCCGGAGCCAGAUUCUUCUUCUUCUUUUUUUCUUCUUCUUCUUUUUAUUUAGAGACGGGAUUAUUGGGUUUCUUCUCCGAAACAAAAAACCACAGGAACACUUUCAUUUUAGCAGGAAAAAAAGAAGAAAAAAGAGGAAUAAAAGCGAAGUAGCGCGCAAUUUUACGCGCGUCCAAAGCCGGAGCAGAGGAGAAAAGGGGGAAGGAAGCAAGGAAAGGAAGGAGAUCAUUACAUCUAUGUUCAAGGAGGGGCGAAGCAUGUCACGGCUCUCUCUGACCCGGUCCCCGGUCUCCCCCCUGGCCGCCCAGGGCAUCCCUCUGCCGGCUCAGCUCACCAAAGCCAACGCGCCCGUGCACAUCGACGUGGGCGGACACAUGUACACCAGCAGCCUGGCCACCCUCACCAAGUACCCCGACUCAAGAAUCAGUCGCCUGUUCAACGGUACCGAGCCCAUCGUAUUGGACAGCUUGAAGCAACACUACUUCAUAGAUCGCGAUGGAGAGAUAUUCCGCUACAUCCUCAGUUUCCUCAGGACCAGCAAAUUGCUGCUUCCGGAAGACUUCAAGGACUUCCACCUCCUGUACGAGGAGGCGCGCUACUACCAGCUGACGCCCAUGAUCAAGGAGCUGGAGCGCUGGAAGCAGGAGCGCGAGCAGCGACGCAUGGCGCAGCCCUGCGACUGCCUGGUGGUGCGCGUCACGCCCGACCUGGGCGAGCGUAUCGCCCUGAGCGGCGAGAAGGUCCUCAUCGAGGAGAUCUUCCCCGAGACGGGAGACGUCAUGUGCAACUCCGUCAACGCGGGCUGGAACCAGGACCCGACGCACGUUAUCCGCUUCCCGCUCAACGGCUACUGCAGGCUCAAUUCCGUCCAGGUCCUGGAGCGUCUCUUCCAGAAGGGCUUCAGCGUGGCGGCGUCAUGCGGCGGCGGCGUGGACUCGUCCCAGUUCAGCGAGUACGUGUUGUGUCGCGAGGACCGACGGAGUCUGUCCAUCAACACGCCCAUCAGGAUAAAACAAGAACCCCUGGACUAGGAUUCUAGAGCAUUCCGUGUACCCCCCCAUCCCCCAACCCCCGCCCCCCCUCCGCCAUCUUCCUGUUGUAAGUGGACCACACCUUGACAUAGAACACUUCUAAUACGUUGGAGCGGAAUGUAGACGCGACAAGAGAAAAGAUCCGGGAUGAACACAUGACCGACUCGGAAUCCCACAGGAUUACCUUCGGGACGCUUGGAAAGACGACGGGAAGAGGACGUGACCCCCCCCCCCCCCCCCCCCCCCUUCGUGACGUUCUGCUUCUUCUCUUGUCAUAACUCCACGCUGUAAAGAGUUGAAGAGUUAGCAUUAAUGGGAUUAUUUACGUAUUCUUUUGUCCCGCUUGAAGGAUUUGUUUUUAGGAGGAGCGUUUUAUUGGCAGCGCGGAGCUGGCAUCGGCCCAUCCUUUCAACCGGGGCGGGCGGGGGGGGGGGGUCCUUUUUAAACGUGUGAUUCCUUCAUUUUAGCUCUGCCAACAUAUCGUUCCACAGCCGAAAAAAUAGCGGAGGACCAAACACAACCGAAGGUUUACCGGGACGUCUCGACUUGGGCAAAGAUGGACUCAUAAUGUUUUAUUUGGGGGGGGUGGGGGGUGCACUUAAUCUUGUCCCAACGGCUCGUUUCCCAAAACAUCUGUCACAAUUGGAUUUUUUUAACCACGCCCCUUUCUGGAAAUUAUCAUUUUGAUAAAAAAAAAUCUUAAAAUUUUUAAAAAAUUUUAUUCAACUGUGAAAUAAUAAAGUCUUCGUACAUUUUUGGUUCAAAUAAAAAUAAUGAAGACAAAAUCAAAUUUUAAAUUAAGAAUCAACAUAACCUUAUCAGGAAAUUUAUAUUUAUAUUUUUAAUUCUAUUUUUUUUUUAUUUAAUUUUUAAGUCUUUUGAGCGGCCCAAAAUGAAUAGGAUUUUUAUUUUUUUUUUGUAGAAUUUUACAAACUAAAAAUUCAACAUAUUUUUAAAGUUUUUUUGCUAACCUGGAAAAAUCAAACUAGAGAAAAUGAGAAUUAAUAUAGAUUUUGAAUUUAAAAAGUAGUCCAGUAAAUUAAUUUUAAUGUCGAAAAAUGACAUGGCAAGAAAAAACAUAACUUUUUUUAAAAAAUAAAAAUAUUGGAAAGAAAAACACCAUUCCAAUAUGUCUAAUUAAACUAUUAUAUUAAAAAAUAUAUAUAAAAAAAUAAAUAAUAAAAAUAUACUUAAGACAAAAAAAUUUUGGAAACAAAAAAAUAACAUCAUCAAACUAAAGAAAAUGAGGAAAAAGUCAACCAAAAAUGACGUUAAUUUUUUAAUAUUUUUUUUUAGAACAUACAAAUAAAACUUUGGUUAAAAAAAAAAAACAUCCGUGUGUGGCCAAGGCCUUUGACCUUGAAAAGAAACGGGUGUCCUUCCCAAAGGUCGAUCCCGUUUGUCCUUGAUUGUACAAAGAUGUUUUCUUCCUUACGGUGUUUCAAAAAAAGAAGACGUUCAUCAUAAACGUCUCGGUUCCUUCUGAGUAGACGACGGCCAUCAUGUCCUGGCGAGGGGGGGCCUGGGGGGGGGUGGCUUUUUUUUUGUUUU